AUGGCGUCGUCGGCCGGUGGUGCAGGCGCGGGGGCUGCCGGCGGGGGCGGGGGCGGCAGGAGCAGGGACAUAAGGCUGACGGUCUACCUCGGCGCCGCCCGUGUGCCCAACCUCUUCCACGUCAGAUGCAUGCCGGUGACGACAAAGCAGGACAGGGUGUUCGACAAGGUCUUUCGGGCUAUGAGGAACGACCAGGAUGGUAUCAUCGUCUACCGGGACGGCACCCUUGACGAAGCCACCUUCGCCGCCGUCUGUAGUGAGCACACCCCCAUCGAAGACGUCGGGUACCACGUCAUCCCUGGCAGUGUUUGCAGCGAGUUCGGCUAUCUUCGGCAUAGCAAGAUCCAUGGUGGCAACUUCGACGAGGAGACCUGCAAGGGCUGCCCAGGCCAUAAGGAUGUCGUCCGGCUCAAGGACCUCUCCCCCAGAUCCUGCAGAAACAUGUGGGUCUAG